CCGUGCUCCGGGGAUGUGUGCGCAGUAGCAUCAGGCGCCCGAGCCUGGUAUGGCGGCGGUUGCAUACAGAGCGUGCGCGGGCCCGGCCCGCCACCUGCCGCGUGCACAUUCUAUCCCCACCCCCGAUCUGCAGAAAUUAAACCCAAACCGGGGCUUGGCUGCAAUAGCUGAGCUUGCUCCGGCACCACCCCAACCAGCUGGAAUGAAGCACAUCAACUUGUCCUUUGCAGCCUGUGGGUUUCUGGGCAUUUACCACUUGGGGGCAGCAUCAGCACUCUGCAAACACGGUCAGAAGCUCCUGAAGGAGGUGAAGGCGUUUGCAGGGGCUUCUGCAGGAUCCUUGGCUGCUUCUGUCCUGCUAACGGCACCCGAAAAAAUAGAGGAAUGCAACGCAUUUACCUACAUGUUUGCUGAAGAAAUCCGGAGGCAGUCUUUCGGGGCAGUAACACCUGGCUAUGAUUUCAUGGCCCGAUUGAGAAGUGGAAUGGAAUCCAUUCUGCCUCCCAACGCCCACGAGCUGGCCCACCACCGGCUACACGUCUCCAUCACCAACACCCAGACCCGAGAAAACUACCUGGUGUGCAGCUUCUCCUCCAGGGAGGACCUCAUUAAGGUUCUCUUAGCGAGCAGUUUCGUGCCCGUUUACGCAGGACUGAAACCGGUGGAGUACAACGGGCAGAAGUGGGUGGACGGAGGCCUCACCAACAGCCUUCCCAUCCUGCCUGACGGCCGGACAGUGACCAUCUCCCCCUUCAGUGGACGGCUGGACAUCUGCCCGCAGGACGAAGGGCAGCUGGAGCUGUAUGUCAGUAUCGCCAAUCAACACGUAACGUUUUCCUGGAUGAAGAGAGACAUUGCAGUGGUUUGUCUGAAUUCCUGCACAGUCCAGUGACAGAAAAGAGAGACGGCGGUCACAAAAGCCUGAACUUGACAGGAUGGAUUCUAAUCCUCUCUCAGCUUCUCCUAAGUCACAUAAUCUCCUGAACCAAAAUGUAUCUGUCUAUCAGAUGAAUAUUGGACUUAUUUUGAAGUUCUUAUAAGGAUUACAUUUAUGGGCAGCUUGAGAAAUGUCUGCUACCUUUUCUGUAAAAAUAAUGCAUGCAGGCUUCUCGUCAAAGCACGAACACCUACCUGAGCAGACCCGGGCUCCUUUCUCCCUCAUCCUAAAAUAUACAUCACUGACUUUGUAGCAUUUUCAGUGAAAACGCCAUCUGGCCAUUUGGGGACUAAAAUGCCAACCAACUUCUCUUCUAUGGCAGAAAUUAAUUAGCUAUAGAGAUUCCACUCUUGAAGUCACCUACAAAAGGAGGAGAAUAACUGGACUGAAAAAUAGGUUUAACAUUCCUUUAAGAUGAUUUGUAACAAAAGAGGAUUUUGUGAGCUUGUAAAACUCUGAAGCCUUCUUUUGUUUUCAAAAGAUAUAUGCAUAUAGACAUGACAUAUGAUAGAUUGUCACGGGGUGAAACCAAACUUAUGUUCUUAGAAAAGCAGGAAACAUUUCCAACUGUUACUUCAGGGAGAAAGUGGAGCUGCCAGGAAACUAGUUAGUAACAAUCACUUCAUAUAAAUAUAGGGCACAUUUCAAGGACUGA